AUGUCAAAUUCAAAAUCUUUAAAAAAACUACAAAAUUCAAAUAAAGAAGAUCCCUCCAUUGGUUCGAAAUAUCAAAAUGAUCAUGACGGUAAUGCUUUAACAAUUAUUUUCGAUCAAAUAAUUGAUAAUCCAAAUUUAUCAAAAUUAAGAAUUACCCAUAAUCUAGCAGUGCUGUCCAAAGAAAAAAGUCAAUAUUUAUCCGAAAUUAUAGAAAUUUCGAAAAUUUUCGGCCUAAUAAAACAGAGGAGUUUAAAUGGUUUAAAUAAUUCAAUCCCAAGAAUUUUCCAACUUUAUCCCAGUUUUAAAAUCCGACACCCAGUUUUAUUUUUAAACUUUGUAAGACUCAUGUUUAUUGUGUUUUUUAAUAAAACCUAUCAAAAAAAUCUUUUAAGAACCUAUUCAGACAUUAAUGUAUUCCUUUAUAAGACCCAAUAUCGAUUCAACCUUGAUACUAUAAUAAGUAAUAAGUUUUUCAAUAAAGUCAACUUAACUCCUCAAAUAAAUGAUUUCCAAGCUCCAAUUUUUAAAAUAAAUUCUUCAAACAUUAUGGGACCUAUUCAAAAAAUUAUAGAAAGAAUUACAUCUAUUUACUCUGAUGAUUUAUUAGGAGAGAGUAUAAAUGAUGAAGAAAAUGAAGAAGACUAUAGCCCAAAGAAUUUACAGGAUGAUGAAAAAAUAUUUUUAGAUUUAGUUAAAAAGGAUCCAAAAAAUUUUUAUCAAAUAGUCUCAAAUGAUAAAGUAAGUAAAAUUUUGGUAGAAACUUAUAUUAAACUCUUAAUUGUGCCAAAUUUACUCGACUGUCGAUUUAUCAAAUAUUUAGAAUUAAAAGCAAAUACCUUGAAGGAAAAUAGCCAAAGCUUACAUAGAAAGGAAUAUAGCUUCAAUAUUUUAAAAACCUUUUUAAAAAAACAAUUGUCAAAUAAAAAAUUAAGUAAAUAUGGCUCUUAUGUUAUUGGUUUAUCAAGUCCCGAUAGUGAUAUCGACGUUGCCCUCCUCAAUGGCGCUGAUAUCUACGAUAAGGUAUUACAAAAAUUAAAAAGCAAUCCAAGCUAUGAGAUUUUAGAAAUAAGACCAGAUGCCAAAAUACCAAUUAUUAGAUUUAGUGAUAAAAUCAAUCUUGUUAAAUUUGACCUUAGCUUUAAAAUUGGAAAUUCACACCCAAGUUCAGAAUUCUUUAUAUCAAUAUUAAAAGGAAAAGAAAAUUUAAAAUCAUUGAUUUUAUUGGUUAAACAUUACACAGAAAAGGCAAAUAUUAAAGAUGCCUCUCAGGGUUAUUUUUCAUCCCAUGCACUAACUAUUAUGGCAAUUUAUUUUUACAAAACUUUGGUUAAAUCCAAUCUCAACAUUUACGAUUUAUUGCAUUCAUUUUUUUUAUUCUAUAUUAAAUUUGAUUACAAUAAAAUAAUUUCGAUCAACAAAAAGGAAAUAGAAUCAUUUAGAAGCUUUGGCACAAAAAUAAAAAUUAAAGAUGUAAUUGACAAAAAUAGAAAUGUCGCUAGUGGUAUUAAACUCUCAAAUUUUAAAAAAAUAAUGGUAGAGUUUUCAAGAAUUGAAUAUCAAUUAAGAAACUAUGAAGAAUUCAUCAAAUAUCAUUCAUAA